AUUGUUUAGUCCUGUAGUGGUGGUCAGAUCUCACCCUACUGAAUCAUUUAGCAGGCUUUAUGAUCAUUAUUCCAACUGUCUAAAGCUCACAUUUAUUGUGAUUAUACUCCUACCCAUUUUGGUGUUAAGCUUAGUUACUCCUUUGUGAGUGUUGUGUGAGUUGUUAUCUCACUUAUUAAGGAAACUGUUAUGGCUUCCUCAUUGGAACAACAUGGUGAGAUACCCUACGCUGAUGAGAGUAUCAUUGAGGCUGUGCCAUGCUGUUUUGAAGAAACUGUUGAUGUUUUGGAUCUGAACGGUGGUAUCAAUAUGCUCGGAAUCUUAGUAGCAGAUGAAGAACCGAGUCUUGGGGGUAUCAAGAACGGCCUGAUGAAUAUGUGGAAGUCUCUGGGUCAAAUCCGAAUUAUACGGGCCAAGAAGAACACCUGCUCAAUCUCGGUCGGAUCUGAGAAAUUGGCCAGUAAGCUUUUGGAUACAAGUCCAUGGUUGAUAAAGGGGUACUGUUUUUCAAUCAGGCACUGGCCACGUUACCACUUAAUUGAGGAGAUUGAAUCCAACCGGGUUUCUUUUUGGAUAGAAGCUCAUGGAAUCCCACUGGAGCAAAUGACGAAGAACAAUGGCCGGAAAUUAGGGGAGAUGCUCGGAUCUGUACUUGAUGUGGAAGACCCUAGUGUGGUAGGCUUUCGGGGUUAUCUCAGAAUUCGUGUUGAUCUUGAUACUUGGCGACCACUCACAACUUUUGUCCCACUUCCUCGAUCACAAAUCAGUACUACAAAAAUCAAGCUACAAUAUGAAGGGCUAAAGAAUUUCUGCCACAAGUUUGGAAGACUGGGGCAUUCAAAUACAGCAUGUAGUCACCGGAUCAAUCCAGCUUUGUCUCGUUGGGGCAUUGUCUAUGACAGAGCUCCCAUUGCUGAACCCCCAUGUCAACCACUGAACACACAGGCUAACUUCCCCUCGGAAUAUCCACAAGCUUCAACCUUUGGGGUUUUUGCCGGAAUCAGAUCACUCCGGUCAUUCCGAUCACCUGUCAUACCGAGAAAGAACCAGCUUCCAAGGAGGUUUCUGAAUUUGGCAUGGGACAUGUCUCAAGGGAGAACAACAGCUGUGAGGCAGUCUGCAGAGUUCGGGUUGGAUCUAGUAGGAGGCGAGGCAUAA